AGGAAUACAUUGUUGCAAGCUCUAAGCCCCGCCCACUGGCACUGUGUUGUUGGCUGUGCAGAUGGCUUCUGGGUAUGUGGACUGUCACUGUCAUAUCACAGCUCAGGAGUUCAUGCAGGACACUGAAGAAGUCAUUGACAAUUCGAGGAAAAAUGGAGUGCAAGCUCUAGUUUGUGUUACAGAACAUUCGGGAGAGUUUGAAAGGCUGAUCAACCUUUCAGAGAGGUUCCCUGACUUUGUCAUGCCGUGUCUUGGAAUACAUCCCAUUCAGUGUGAUACAGAGGAGCAACGCAGUGUGACAAUGAAGGAUUUGGAACCAGUUCUUGCACAGUUUGAGAAGUACAAGGACCAGCUGGUUGCUAUUGGAGAGAUUGGAUUAGAUUUCACUCCAUGGCUCGCCCCCACCCAAGAACAAAGAGAUGAACAGUUAAAAGUUUUCCAGAUGCAACUGGACAUCGCCAAACGAUUGGACCUUCCUGUAAACAUCCAUUCUCGUUCAGCUGGGAGGCAAACAAUUGCUUUUCUUAAGGAACAAGACGUUCACAAGGUGUUGUUACAUAACUUUGCCGGCCGGCCCUCGGUGGCCCUGGAAGGUGUGCACGCUGGAUAUUUUUUCUCUUUCCCUCCGGCUAUCACAAGGAAUGACCGAAGAGCAAAACUAAUCAAGCAGAUUCCCCUGGAGAACAUCUGUUUGGAGACAGACUCUCCAUCCCUGGGUCCAUGUAAAGAGAAGCGGAAUAUUCCAUCAAAUAUUUGCAUUCCGUGUGAUUAUAUCGCUUCUGUGAAAGGCCUUCAACCUGACUCAGUCCGUGAGGUGACCACACAGAACGCCAUGCGGCUUUUUCCAAAGAUGUAUCACAAAUUAAAAACACAGUUACCGGUACUUUGAUCGUGUCCUCGGAACAAAAUGAGUUAAUGAUAAAACGUGUCAUCAAUCUUAUUAUUGUAUAUUCUUUCGUGUUGCAUGCCUGGCUAAUUAUAAUGCAAAUAAAUGAA